GUUGGUUAAUAGGGACUGGUGGCAGGGACUACAGUUAGGUCUUGGGGGUUGGUUACUCCCUCAAAUAGGGACUUGUAGCGACGAUUACGAUCAUGAACAUAUACUGUAACUCAUGCUUUGUCUUUUCCAGGUGUGCGGGAAGUCGUUCAACAGAAUGUACAACCUGCUGGGUCACAUGCACCUCCACGCCGGCUCCAAACCCUUCAAGUGUCCUUACUGCUCCUCCAAGUUUAACCUUAAGGGGAACCUCAGCCGACACAUGAAGGUCAAACACGGCAUGGACAUCUCACCUGACGGACAAGAUGCUCUUCCUGAGAUGGAGGGCCAGGGCCACUAUGAGGAGGACAACUUUGACUUUGGGACCUCAGGGGCCAACAACAACAUGGAUAAUGGAGGCUCCCAGAACCUCACCAAGCUCACCACGGCAAACAUGGACGACAUGGACAACUAUUACAACUUUGGGAAGGAUACAGCUAACUACAACACGUCUUGAGCAGUAGGAGAAUAGUGUUAAUGGACUACAGACCAUUAGACACCAUGGGUUACUGGAGAAGAGACCAUGGGUUAAUGGUGGACUAACUGCAGACCAUGGGUUAUUUGUGGACUAAAUACAUACCAUGUGUUAAUGGAGAAGAGACCAUGGGUUAUUGGUGGACUAACUACAGACCAUGGGUUAUUGGUGGACUAACUACAGACCAUGGGUUAAUGGUGGAAUAACUACAGACCAUGGGUUAAUGGUGGACUAACUACAGACCAUGGGUUAAUGGUGGACUAACUACAGACCAUGGGUUAUUGAUGGACUAACUACAGACCAUGGGUUAUUGGUGGACUAACUACAGACCAUGGGUUAAUGGUCUACAGACCGUGGGUUAUUGGUGGACUAACUACAGACCAUGGGUUAAUAGAGAGGGAAAACGCCACACUGCUGCUCAUGCUCCUAGCUGAUAUUUAUUUGUAACGUUUCCACCCUUCGGUCUUCAUCAGGUAUCCAGGACCUAAUGGUGGAAACGUUGUGAUGAAUAAAUAUAAUCUGGGAGCAGGAGCAGCAGUGUGGCGUUGUACUCUGUUUUCCAGGAGUUUGUCUACAACUCCAGCACCUGCAGAAAGUACCUGGAUGUGCUUAUGUUCUUCAGCUUUUGUUAAUGGAGAGGAGACCAUGGGUGGGGAACAGACAACAUGGCUGCCGUGCUGUGGCAGUGACAGAGACUAAGUUAGGGCAUGCUGUGGCAGUGACAGAGACUGGGUUAGGGCGUGCUGUGGCAGUGACAGAGACUGGGUUAGGGCGUGCUGUGGCAGUGACAGAGACUGGGUUAGGGCGUGCUGUGGCAGUGACAGAGACUGGGUUAGGGCGUGCUGUGGCAGUGACAGAGACUGGGUUAGGGCGUGCUGUGGCAGUGACAGAGACUGGGUUAGGGUGUGCUGUGGUAGUGAGACACAGGGAGGGGGUUCAUGGACCCUUUAAGAACCAGAACUGACCUGUCCUGAUGGAGGGGCAGGACAUGCACUUCAACAGCCAAUCCGCUCCACCCGUCUCUGAUAGAAGUGACUCUGAGACUGACGAUUGGGUCUAGAAGUCCUUUGGUAUAUUCUACCAGACAUGAUUGGUCUAAAGUCCUUUGGGAUAUUCUACCAGACAUGAUUGGUCUAAAGUCCUUUGGGAUAUUCUAGCAGACAUGAUUGGUCCAAAGUCCUUUGGGAUAUUCUAGCAGACAUGAUUGGUCCAAAGUCCUUUGGGAUAUUCUAGCAGACAUGAUUGGUCCAAAGUCCUUUGGGAUAUUCUAGCAGACAUGAUUGGUCUAGAAGUCCUUUGGGAUAUUCUACCAGACAUGAUUGGUCUUGAAGUCCUCUGGGAUAUUCUAGCAGGCAUGAUUGGUCUAGAAGUCCUUUGGGAUAUUCUAGCAGACAUGAUUGGUCUAGAAGUCCUCUGGGAUAUUCUAGCAGACACGACUAAAGACUAUAGUGGCAGAUCUAAACUCUGAUAAGUUGUGGGAUGGAUCUGUAUCAGCACUCAGAAAUCAGUUUUACACAGAGACAUCUACCAUGGAAUCAUUCACCAAUAAGUAUGUUUUGACAGAAGACCGUGCCAGAUGCAGUAUAACUCUGAUCUUAGAUCCAACUAGACACACUGUAUACAGCGCCUUCAGAAAGUCUUCACACCCCUUGACUUUAUACACAUGUGUUACAGCCUGAAUUUAAAAUUGAUUAAAUUGAGAUUUGUUGUCACUGGCCUACACACAAUAAUACCCCAUCAUUUCAAGGUGAAUUUAUGUUUGUAGAAUUUUUUAUGAAAAGCUGAAAUGUCUUGAGUCAAUAAGUAUUCAAACCCUUUAUUAUGGCAAGCCUAAAUAAGUUCAGGAAUAAAAAUGUACUUAACAAGUUG